AUGAUAGACCACGUCCUCGGACGGCCAUCGUCCAAGUCGCGGCGCCUGCAGGUCUUGGCCGUAUUGUCCUUUUGGACGUUUUAUCUCUACAAAGGGCACAAACAUGGCCCGCCAGUCGCACAGAAAAUCUCCAAGUUCCUCUCCCGCAAGCUGACGGCGUGGCAGACCGUCGUCAUCACCAUGCUGUACCUCUACGCGGCCCGCAACUUCAGCGCCCUCGUCGGCCUGGCCAGCCCCGAGCCCAUGGCCAACAUGUACGACCCGACGUACUAUCGGGCGACGUGGGUGCUGACGGCGCUGGACGCCGGCUUCUGGACCGCCAUGAAGAUCCGGUCCAAGUGGCUGCGCGACCUGGCCAGCAUCGUCUUCUCGCUCUACUACCUCGUGGCGGCCGAGCGGGCGGACGAAAAGGUGCGCAAGGUCCGGGGCAUGAUCACGGUCGAGCACCUGCGCGUGGCGUGGAACAAGGGCACGACGCCGUACCUGGGCUUCCUGCAGCGCCUGAUGCGGCCGCGCUUCACGCGGUGGCCGCCGCGCCAGGUGCGCAUCCCGCGGCCGGCCAACAGCGACUACAAGGAGGCCGUCUCCGCCUGGCUCUACUACGACGGCCCGCUGGCGGACCUGGCGCACCACAGCCGCGUGGUGCUGGACAUCCCCGGCGGCGGCUUCGUGGCCAUGGACCCGCGCUGCAACGACGACAAGCUCUUCGCCUGGGCGUCCAAGACGGGGCUGCCCAUCCUCAGCGUCGACUACAAGAAGGCGCCCGAGUACCCGUACCCGUACGCGCUCAACGAGUGCUUCGACGUCUACGUGACGCUCGUCCGGUCGCGCGGCCGCUGCAUCGGCAUGUCCGGCCGCGAGACGCCGCGCAUCGUCGUCACCGGCGACAGCGCCGGCGGCAACCUGGCCGUCGCGGCGACGCUCAUGGUGCUCGAGACGGGCAUCAGCCACUUCCGGAGCGCGGCCGGCGUGGGCAAGCUGCCGCCCCCGGACGGGCUCGUGUGCUUCUACCCGACGCUGGACAUGAACAUUGGCAACUGGAUGACGGACGAGCAGAUGUCGCUCAUCCGGGACCGGCGCUCGCGAAAGACGAACAAGUCCAUCGUCAAGAGGAAGAGCAUGCAGUACAACGACCUCGUGGGAACGCCGCAUCACUCGGACAACGAGGACGAGACGACGCCGCCGCCUGCCACCAAACAGCCUGCGGUCGACAAUACGCCCUCGACGACGGGAGGGACGAGGCCAGAGUAUUGCCACGCCGGUCCCAGAGCGCUCAGCACUUCAUCGCAGAGCCCCGGCGAGAAAAAGGACGGCGCCGUCUCCCACCGCGCCGAGCCCAUGAAGACCCGCCUGGCGACGUCGUCCAUGAUAUCCUACUUCAACGACCGCGUCCUCACGCCGGAGAUGAUGCGGGCCAUGAUCAUCCUCUACAUCGGCGCGCACAACCGCCCCGACUUCACGCAGGACUACUUCCUCAGCCCCGUCCUCGCCCCCGAAGAGCUGCUCGAGAACUUCCCCAAGACGUACUUUAUGACGGGCGAGCGGGACCCCCUCGUCGACGACACCGUCAUCUUCGCGGGGCGUCUACGCCGGGCAAAAGAAGCAGCGGCCCGCCGCCAGAUGAUGAUGUCCUCCUCCUCCUCCCGGGCGGAUCUGGACGACAACUGGACGUUUGACGACAAGGAGGUGACGGAGGUGCUCCUCAUCCCGGGGACGUCGCACGGCUUCAUGCAGUUUCCCGGAGUGUAUCCGCCGGCGUGGAAGCACUUUGAGCGCAGCGCCGCGUGGUUCGACCAGCUGUUUGUCGAUGCCGAGGCGGCGAGGGCGGAACAGGCACGACGAGCGGCUGCUGCGGCUGCAGCUGCGUCCAGGAACCAGACGACGACGCGUGAUGGCUUCCGGAGACAGUCCAUUGCGGAGUCGAGUGGUGAUGAGGAUAGGCCGCUGGAGAUUAGCAUGACCAAGAUGUCGCGCGGACGCACGUUGUCGCAGCAGAAUGGGGAUGCGAACGGGCAUGGCGAGGAGACGACGUCGUCGACUUCGCCGCCUGUAGACGGCAAUGGAGGCAACGGAAACGGUGCCAAUGGGCAUGUCAACGGAGAGAGGAAUGGGGCUGCUGGGAAGAAGACGAAGAAGGGCAUCAGGGGGAACAAGAGCCUGGUGAAGCUGACGAGCUCGGAUGACUUGCUGGGGCGGCGGAUGCAUGGGCUCGCGAGCGGGUUGACGAGCACGGGGGAUGAGGAGCUGUACAUGUGA